UCACUGCACCGGGAAGUCUCUCUGCCACUGUGAUGGGAUCAAGGGUCAGAAGGGAGAACCUGGAUACAUUGGAGACCCUGGACUUCCAGGGGUAACCGGAUUUCCUGGAAACGAAGGCAGUCAGGGCUCGCCUGGAGAAAAGGGUAAUCGAGGAAGAGCAGGGAAUCCAGGAAUAAAAGGCUCUCUGGGUAUUAGAGGAAGACCAGGUUUACCAGGCAUUCCAGGACUUCCAGGUCUCCCUGGGCAUGAUGGACAAACCGGCCGACCUGGAAACCCAGGAUGCAAUGGGACAAAAGGGGAGGAGGGUUACCCAGGUUAUCCAGGAAAUGCGGGACCACGCGGACCAAGAGGACCCCAGGGACCAAGAGGGAUGAAGGGAGACUCAGCUACAUACCCCACUCAGCGACAAAUAAAAGGAGCAACAGGACCUCAAGGGCAAAAGGGAAAAACGGGAGAAAAUGGAAGAAGAGGAGAAACAGGCCGAUCAGGACCACCAGGACCCAUUGGACGUCCUGGAAAACCAGGACUGCCCGGAGUUCAAGGUGAAAAGGGUCAACAAGGGUCCAGUCCGACGAGCCCACGAGGACAAAAGGGUGAUCCUGGACCUCCAGGGAUCCCUGGAAAGCAGGGCAUAAAACUGUAUGCUGAAGGACCCAAAGAGCUGAAGGGAGUACCAGGUGAAAUAGGACCGAAAGGUUUUCCUGGACUUCCUGGUCUGCCAGGGAAACCUGGGAUUAAAGGAGAGAAGGGCGAUAAGGGAGAACCUGGACCUCUUGGUAAAAAAGGGAAGAAUGGAUUACCAGGAGAAGUUGGACUAAAGGGAGAUAAAGGAGAUGCUGGCCUCAUCGGUCCUCCUGGUAUUGAUGGUGCCUUGGGAAUAAAGGGCAAUCGAGGGCCUCCAGGUCCCCCAGGAGAAAUCAGGCACAACCACUCAUUUCUGAAAGGCCAGCCUGGUGUCCCUGGCCCCCCCGGGCCCAAAGGAUUGCCUGGGUCUCAAGGACCGACUGGUCCUCCUGGAGUGAUGGGCGAGUCAGGUAUGGCUAUCAGUGGACCACCAGGUUUCAGAGGAUCACCUGGCUCACCUGGUCCUAAAGGAGAACCAGGAGUGCCAGGGCCAGUGGUUAGAGGACCACCUGGACCAACCGGAAUCCCAGGAGCUCCUGGAGCUAAAGGAGAGCAAGGAGAACCCGGAAUAUUGAACUAUCAGCCAGGAAGAACCGGUCCUCCAGGAGAAAAAGGGGAAAGAGGACUUCCUGGACCGGGAGGAAAGAGUGGGGAGAAGGGUCAAAAAGGGGAGAUUUGUACAGUUUGUAUGACCAAGUCUUGCCCUCCUGGACUUCAGGGACCACCAGGCCAGGAGGGUAAAAGUGGGACACCAGGUCCACAAGGUUGUAGAGGGCCUGCGGGUGAUAAAGGUUUCAAAGGUGUUCCAGGGCCACCAGGACCACGGGGUUCCAUUGGUUUGCCUGGCCGUCUAGGGCUCCCUGGACCAACAGGUGAUUUAGGUAUCAUUACUAGACUGGGGCAGAAGGGCGAAGAUGGGGACAAGGGGAAUCCUGGGCCACCAGGACAACAAGGGAGGGAUGGAUCUAAUGGAGCACCAGGCCCAAAGGGUGUUCAAGGACCGCAGGGGAAUCCUAGUCCACCAGGGCCAAAAGGUGACAGGGGCCCAAUUGGCAACACUGGUCCCCAAGGACCGCAAGGCCAGAUGGGGCCUACAGGAGAGCCUGGUAUUGGGGCUCCAGGGCCUCCAGGAUCUAAAGGAGAUAGCGGGUUACUGGGAAAGCCUGGAGAACCGGGGCCUCAAGGAGAAAAGGGUUCUCCAGGGCAAAUAUUUCCAGUUCAAGGAGAUCCAGGCCAGAAAGGAAAGAGAGGAUUUCUUGGGAUCCCUGGAGACGAAGGUAUAAGAGGACCUCGAGGCCUUCAAGGUGAUGCGGGUCCCAAGGGUGAAAAAGGGCUGACAGGUGUUUCUCAGUGCGGUACCCCAGGAAAACCAGGGUCAAAGGGAGACAAGGGUUCCAAAGGAGGACAGGGUAAACCCAGUUUUGGCAUCAAGGGACGAGAGGGGCCACGAGGCCCCCCAGGGCCCAAUGGCGUGAAGGGGAACAAAGGUAUAGGUGUACCUGGGGAGCAGGGUCAGGAAGGCUCUCAGGGAGAAGAUGGCUGUGUUGGACCACCAGGAGCUCCGGGGCCUCCAGGUCCAGAGGGUGCUCAGGGACCUCCAGGAGAAGAUGGUCCUCAAGGGCCAAAAGGUAACUAUGGCCUGAAAGGCUUACCUGGUCCUACUGGAGUGCCUGGACUCUGUUACCCUGGAGCUCCAGGACCUCGAGGAGUGCAAGGUCCGGAAGGUUUAAUUGGAUUAAAAGGAAAAACGGGACCAAGGGGUCAGAAAGGGGAUCCUGGGAUUGACACAUUUGGAUUCCCUGGGCCUAGGGGGCCAAGAGGGACACCAGGAUCUGAUGGACCGCCAGGUCCAGUCGGAGCUGUAGGAAGGAAAGGCCUGAAAGGGAGAAGUGGGGACCCUGGGAGCCCAGGUAUCAGAGGGGAAAUGGGUCUUCCAGGACAGUCUGGAAGUCCAGGACCGGAUGGUAAACCAGGCAAUUAUGGGGAACCGGGACCAACAGGUGAUAGGGGCGCAGAUGGGCUAAAGGGUUUUCAGGGGCCUCCUGGAGGUCCAGGAGACAAAGGGGACACCGGACCAAAAGGAUUUCCAACAACUACUACUGUACCAGGAUAUCCUGGGGAUAUGGGUUUGCCAGGGCCCAGGGGUCGUACCGGUGAAAUAGGAGAAAGAGGCCCCUCAGGACCUCCAGGGUCAGAUGGCUUAGAAGGGUCAUCUGGCUCCCAGGGACCACCAGGACUUCCUGGAGAUCCAGGCAGAGAUGGAGAGAGAGGUCCACCUGGUGUUACUGGGCCUCCAGGUGAUAAAGGGUUCAUUGGGAAUCCAGGUUGCAAGGGGGGGAAAGGUGCAAAAGGAACUUGUGGGGCCCCUGGUAGGAAUGGAACACCAGGAAGAAAUGGAGCAAAAGGUACUAAAGGAGAACCAAGUCUAGCUGGACCGGGACCUAAAGGUUAUCCUGGAGCAAAGGGGAAUCCUGGAAGUCAAGGUCUUCCAGGUCCAGAAGGACCACAGGGAGCAUCUGGAGAUUGUGGUUCUCCAGGACGAUGUGGACCUUGUGGACCUAAGGGAUCUCCUGGACCACCUGGAUACAGAGGUCCACCUGGGAAAGAAGGUGAGAAAGGUUUUGAUGGCCCUCGUGGAAAAUUUGGACCUCCAGGACAGCCUGGACCCCCAGGAUACAAGGGACCUCCUGGAAAUCCUGGUCCACCUGGACCUAAAGGAAGCCAGGGCCAAGAUGGGAUACCUGGACCUGAUGGAGAAAAGGGAUCCAUGGGAUCCUGUACACCAGGGCCUAAGGGACGAAAAGGAGAAGCAGGUCCAACUGGAUCCACAGGGAAUAGGGGGUCACCAGGUCCCUAUGGCCCUUCCGGUCCAGUUGGUCCUCCAGGAAACCCAGGAUUCCCAGGUUUUCCUGGGCCCCCUGGUCCUCCUGGGUCUGCUGGAGAGAGUGGGUCCUGCAUUAAUGGAAUAAAGGGAAAUAAAGGAUGCCCUGGAUCAAAAGGACCCAAAGGUCCACCUGGCUCUAAAGGUCCCCCUGGACCUCCAGGUCCUGGUUAUAAGGGUCAGAAAGGAUUGAAAGGACAACAAGGUCCCCCUGGACCCCCUGGACCAUCUGGUCAUCCUGGUCCUGGAGGAAACCCAGGUACUUGUGGACCACCUGGACCUCCUGGAAUAAAAGGCGAUCCAGGACCAGCUGGAGAAAAAGGACCAAGGGGUAUGGAAGGAACAGAAGGACCGCCCGGUAACCGUGGCAAAGACGGAUUUCCAGGACUACAGGGAAGGCAAGGACAAAGAGGGAUAGAUGAACGUCCUAUUGUGAGGGCAAUUCCUGGAGACCAAGGUGAAAUGGGAGACCCCGGAUUUGAUGGAAGAAGAGGACCCCCCGGUUGCAAAGGAGCUAUGGGACGUGAUGGUUUGAAAGGCAGAGCUGGAGAAAAAGGUCAGAAGGGGCAACCUGGUCUUCCUGGGCUGAGGGGAGAAGAUGGAGACGAUGGAGCAAUUGGUGCCAAAGGUGAGGACGGUGAGCGUGGCAGAACAGGAUUUAAGGGCCUUCCCGGUGUACCAGGUGGAGUCAGACCUGGGAUGAACGGCUUCCUGUUCACCAGACACAGCCAGGGUCGCUUUAUCCCAGAGUGUCCCUCAGGAUCCUCCUUUAUAUUCGAUGGAUACUCCCUGUUGUUUAUCAAUGGGUAUAGCCGCGCCCACGGACAGGAUCUAGGUACAGUCGGUAGUUGUCUCCCGAGGUUCAGCACUUUGCCUUUCCUCAUCUGUGAGAUUGCGGGAGAAUGUCAGUACGCAGAACGUAAUGACUACUCCUAUUGGCUCUCCAAUGUCAGAGACCCUCAGACAAACAGAGAAGAGGAUUCACUACAGUUUAAAAUCAGCAGGUGUUCCGUUUGUGAGGCCAAAGCCAACGUGAUUGCUGUCCACAGUCAGACCAGUUACAUUCCAAGAUGCCCCUCCAACUGGGUAUCACUCUGGGAAGGAUAUUCCUUCGUAAUGGAAACUGGUUUAGGUGCUGAGGGUUCCGGUCAGCCUCUGGUUUCACCUGGAUCGUGUUUGGAGAACUUCCAUAGGAUGCCGUUCAUCGAGUGUAACGGAAACCCCGGAACCUGCAAGUAUGACAGCGGACACUACAGCUACUGGCUGGCUGCUCUCAACCAGGGAAACAUGUUUGGAAAGCCAAGAGGUUGGACCAUUCCAGGAGACACACACAGAAACAAAAUUAGUCGCUGUCGAGUCUGCAUGAAGCAGAUAUGACCUUUAACCCCGAAGAUCUAAGAACAUUUAAUGACAAAGCAGACCUUAUUCUUCAGGACUCCUUACCUUUACAACAGUCACAAAUGAGCAAUGCAGAAUCCAAAGAAUUUAGCGUCUUGUAACACUUUGAUAAAUAACAUUCCACUUUGAUUCUGACUGUACUAAAGGAUUUUCCAGUCUUGAAAAUAUUCUCGUCUUCACAUGUUUUUGUUUUUUAAGUCAAAUUUGUAUGUUUUAGAUGAUGAAAUAAAUUCUUAUUUCAAAUGUAA